ACUUCGUAUUUUGUAUUAAAAAUUGCAAUAGUGCCUAAAUUCGCGGACAUAAUUUAUGCUUACAAAGUGUAAAAGAAAUUAAAAAAUGUUUUCGAAAAAAUCAUGUUACAAUUUUAAUGCUAUUGUCUUAUUUGCCUGUUUGUUCAAACAAAACUUGAGCGAACGCAGGAUUUCUGGUGGUCAAGUAGUAGAAGGUGACAGAAGGUACAUGGUAUACUUCCUCAAAUCAAACCUAAGUUUACCAGAUGAACAAGGCGGAUGGACGUGUGGUGGUGCCAUUGUCACUAAGCUACACAUUCUCACUUCUGCAGCUUGUCUUUCUACUUUUGAAUACAUCUAUGCUAUAGCUGGUUACCGUCGUUACGUGAACGCAGACCUUAUUGACAUGGACACAUGCACUAGCAAGAGGAAGAAAAAAGUUGUCAAGACUUGUGUACCGGACUCGUAUCAAAUGGAUCAUACUAAUGUCCAGUCAUGGGCAAAUGUACACGAUAUUGGCUUAGCAGUCGUAGAAAGUCCUUAUGACUUCAAUGAUGAUACUUAUAUGAUAGAUUGUUCAUACGCACCUGGACUUAUAGCAAUCAAUUUUGGACGCUACGCCCAGGCUAUUGGUAAUGACGUAGUAGAGUUAGGAUGGGGUGAUUCUUCGCAUUUCAAAAUGCCAUACCAUCUUAUGGACCACAAUGAAGAGUUUUUACGCGAAGCAUCCACUGUAAUAGUGAGUAAUACAGUAUGCCAAAAGAAUUUUUAUCAUUUGAUUAACGAAACAGGUUUAAAUGAAAAAUUUAUUUGCACUAUGGGAAAAGGAGCCGUUGAUUCGGAAGGUAAUUUAUUAGAAUAUGAUGAACUGUUAAUGGGUUGCUCCAUAAACGACAAUAAUUCUACAACUGACAUCACAACAUUGAACACAACAAUAGCAACAAAUACUACUACUACUACAACUAAAAAAAAAUUAUUAAAGAUAAAUGACUACAUGGAAACAACACUUCCUCAAUAUACACCAAUUUUAUCAACGCCUGAUGAAAGUACGCUAUUUGAAACCACAACUCCUUUUCAAUCAAAUACAUAUUAUUAUGGCGAUUAUUCUUCACAUUUAAGACAUAAACCGGACAAUCAUGAUUCCUCCUACGAUAAUGAUGAUGAUAAACUUGAAAAGGAAAAAGUAAGGACCGUGAAAUCUUAUGAUUAUUAUGAUAUUAUGGAUAAGAAAGCAUCAAACCUCGCGUCGACGAUACACCAAAGUGUGGAAGAAAUCGAUUUAAAUGACUACUACGAUGCAAUAGAUAAUCGUGAAUUUACUCGAAAAUCCGCAAUGGAUUUCUUGAAAACAAUAAUGGAGGAUUUAAAAGAUAAAUAUGCUUUCACGAGUCAGGAUGCGAAAAGAAGCGCUUGCAGAAGAGUCAUGCACAAAAUCCUCAGGAGACAAAGUAUUUGCCAGAACGAUCAUGGGAGUCCCCUGGUGUCAUGGCUAGGAGACACAGAAGUGGUAAUAGGAGUGGCAAUAACAAAUAUCUACAAUGAACUUAACAGAUGUUUGCCGCCGAAUUUGUUCGUGAGCACUAUAUAUCACCCCUUUUUCAUCGAAUGCAGCAUUGAGCAGACUUUGAAUGAAGAUGACGAUCUUAAAAGACGUUGCACUGAAUCGCUUCCGGAUACUGAGUCAGGUGGAAUCCGCGAAAACGAGGUGAACUGGGAGAAAAAUAAAAUAUAAUAUCAAAUCUGUACUCCGUGUUGGUGUUCGACCGUUAAUUGCCAAUUUAAAACGAACCUAAUGACCAUGGAUAAAGGUCGCCAUGGAUUUUGUGCACGAGAUUUAUUACGGGAUGACUGAUAUUCUGCUCUUCUUGUCAUAAACAAUUUCCAUUUUGGUAACAUUCAAGAUAUUGGCACCUAAAAUUUUAUUUCAUUAAAUAAUACGCUGAUUUUGCUUAACUAUAAAACUGGAACUGAAUAAGAUAUGAAGAAAACCGGUUAUAGGGGGUUGUAGAUCAGAUCAGAUUUUUGGUAAAAUGUCGUUUAUGUUGUUUAUAAUAAGGACAUCAGUAUUGAUUAUGAUGUUGGACCUCAUCUUGUACGACAUGAUGACGUGUAAACCUGAUCGAAGGAACAACGGUCAUACAGAAUGUGUUACUUUGAGCUGAUGUAAUGAAAACCGAAAGUCAAAGCGUAAUCGUAGAAAAAAGUUGGACGUUAGAUGUGGACGUCGCGGGUUCCGGGGCUUCCUUAUCCAGCGACCACAUUGCAGACAGUUGGGCCAUCGAGGUCGUCGAAUAGAAUAUAACUGUAAUGAGAAAAACUUAGCCAAAUAACAACGAGAUAAAAAAUAACAUUAGAUUUCAAAAAAUGAAUGACUUCGUGUACUUAAAUGACACGAAGUUAAAACAUUAUUAUUGUCGUCGAGAUUACAAAGACUACUUUUGUGAUUGUAAGCAUUGUAACAAGGACAUUACGGACUAAACCCAGCCGCAAUAUUUUUUCUUAUAUGUUAACUUUUGUCAUGCAUUAAAAUGGAGGGAAAUGGAGCUUUAACCAAUAAGUAUUUUGUUAUUUCGGCAUCUCCAUGCCGUUUAGUCAAUGUCGU